AUGCCGAUCCUCAAGGAACCGUGGAAGAAGUACAAGCCGUUCAAGCCGCCGCAUUUGCCGAACCGACAGUGGCCCGACAAGGUCAUCGACAAAUCCCCUCGCUGGCUGUCCUCUUGCCUCCGCGAUGGCAACCAGAGUCUGCCCGAUCCAAUGAACGGCGAGGAGAAGUGGCGCUACUUCAAGAUGCUGUGCGAUCUUGGUUACAAGGAAAUUGAGGUCUCUUUUCCUUCUGCGUCCCAGACCGACUUUGACUUCACCCGCCGCUUGAUCGAAACCCCGGGAGCCGUGCCGGACGACGUAUUCCUACAGGUCCUUUCACCCUGCCGCCCCGAUCUCAUCCAGAAGACUGUAGAGUCGGUCCGCGGGGCGAAAAACGCCAUCAUCCACAUAUAUCUCGCUACAAGCGAGUGCUUCCGGCAAGUCGUCUUCGGCUACUCGGAAGAGCAGACCCUGGAGCUUGCCGUGGAAUGCACUAAGCUGGUCAGAUCCCUGACCAAGGACAACCCCGAAGCUUCUGGAACUCGAUGGCAGUUCGAAUUCUCGCCGGAGUGUUUCUCCGACACAGAUCCCGAUUAUGCCCUGAGGGUAUGCCGCGCGGUGAAAGCUGCCUGGGGCCCUAAUGGAGAAACCGGGGACCAAAUCAUCCUCAACUUGCCCGCUACGGUCGAGCUGUCAACACCCAACGUAUAUGCGGACCUGAUAGAAUACUUUUGUAACAACAUCGGGGACAGGGAGAACGUCAUCCUCACAACGAUCGUGGAUGUAGUCAGUGUAUCCAAUUCUGGCGCCGUGGUGCGGGCACUGACGUGGUACAGCAACGGGGAGAGAACAGGCAAUGUCGAUCUUGUCACCUUGGCUCUGAACCUUUACACACAGGGUGUGAGCCCACAAGUUGAUUUCUCCGAUCUGAACUCAGUCAUCCAGAUGGUCGAAUCCUGCACCAAGAUUCCCGUCCACCAGCGUGCUCCCUACGGCGGUAGUCUCGUAUGUGCAGCAUUCUCGGGCAGCCAUCAAGAUGCAAUCAAGAAAGGAUUCCAGAACCGUCAGCGCCAAGGCCUAUCCAGCGAGGACCCAUGGCACGGGAUGCCCUACCUGCCACUAGAUCCCCAAGAUAUCGGUCGCAAUUACGAGGCUAUCAUUCGCGUCAACUCGCAGUCUGGAAAGGGGGGAAGUGCCUUUAUUUUGCAGGCGAAGCUGCAGCUCGAUCUCCCUCGCGGCCUCCAGGUCGCCUUCUCCAACGUUGUCCAGCGCCGCACGGAGGAGCUUGGACGCGAGUUGCUAGCCAACGAGAUUACCCAGCUCUUCGAGACAACUUAUUUCCUCAACAAGAACCCUCACUUUGGCCUUGUUGACUAUAGUAUCACCCCUGACCGCUCACAGUCUCCUAUGCCCCCAGCGCUAGGCAAAACCCAGGACACGAAAGACCUGAUACGUAUCUUUGAGGGCGUCAUCCUCGUGGACGGUAAAGAGUUUAAACUGCGUGGUCGAGGGAAUGGACCAAUCUCUAGCAUGGUAGCUGCGCUCAAGGAAGUCAAUAUUGACCUCGACGUUCACGACUAUAAGGAGCAUGCCAUCGGCGAGGGUGGAGGUGUGAAGGCGGCCUCAUAUAUCGAGUGCAAGCCUAGAGGCAGCAAGCAGACAGUCUGGGGCGUCGGUAUCCACGAAGACGUCGUACAGAGCUCGCUCAUCGCCCUGCUGAGCGCGGCGAGCAGUUUCAUCACGAGCCGACCCACCAGCCUUACCCUGGAGCCCGUUGCGACCGCUGCUCCUCAAGAGACGCCCAGUGUCAUCUCCGUUCUGGAGGAGAAGGCAAACGGUAUGUAA